AUGGGUCGCUUCUUGGAUCUCGCCCUCGUGCUCUUUGGCUUCCAGGCCACAGGCAUCUUUGCACAAAUAGAUGCGGAGGUAGAAGAGGAGAUUGAAAAUCCCUCUGAAUCUCCCGCCCUGGCCGUCUCUGUCGAAGCAACAUUCCCUGACGCGGAGAUCUUCGGCAUCAAGAUCACCAAUGGCAAACCUUACGAAUCGCGUCUCGCUUUUCUGAACGAGGAGCCCGAGCCCGUCACGGUUCAGUUCGUCGGCGGUAGUCUGUGGACGUUCGAUGGCACGAGUCCGCGUAUUGUGCGAAACCUCACCACAGCUCAAUAUGCCGUUGAGAUCCCCCCGGGGGAAAAGCAGACGCUGCCCUAUCGCUUUCAGACGAACCUUCACCCACAGGACUUGAGACUCAACUUGGCUGCGGUGAUUAGCUCACAGAAUGCGUUCUACACUCUCCAAGCGUUCAAUGGUACUGUGACUGUGGUCGAGCCAGAUGCGAGCAUCUUUGACCCCCAACUUCUCUUCCUGUACUUCUUCCUGCUCGCCUGCGCCGUUGGAGUCGGCUACUUUUUCUACACCAUCUGGAUCGUCCCUUACUUCCCCAAGAAGCGCAAGGCCGUUAAGGCCGGCAAGAAGAGUGACGUGGUCAAAAAGGUUGACAGCGGUGUUACAUCGGACUCUGAUGGCCCAGCUGUUGCGACCGGCAAAGCAUACAACGAGGAUUGGAUCCCUAGCCACCACAUCCAACGACCUGAAGCAAGGAGGGUCAAGAGUGGUGCGCGGUCAAAGAGCCGUGGGAAAGCCGAGUAA